UUUUGAUCGGGUACCCAGUUUGCUCACCCCUACUAAAAUAUAGUUUUCGAUAUGAGAGCGUUUUAAGCACCUGUCAUUCUGUCAAAGAUAACAAUAUCUAAUAAUGGACUCAUGUUAACCUUGGAUGUUAUAACUAAAUAAAUAUACACCGAAUAAAGAUUCUAAAAUAGAGGGAAAUUCAAAGAAAAUAAACCCAAAAAUAUAUCGACCGUUGGGCCUCCAUCUAACCAUCUCUCUUCAUUAUCCACAUCUAUCUCCAUUCAUCCAAAUAAAACAAUCACCCACGAAAACACAAACAACUUUAUAACACAAAACUAACCCAAUUUUCCUACAAAAUUUAAUCACUGAGCUUCGAUUCAAUGGCUUCUAUACCAAACCCAGUUUCUCUAAUUUAUCAAAAAACAUUACACAGAACUUGUUACACUAAACCCACUUCAAUUAACACCACCAUUAAAGCCAUGGCUAAAGAGCUCCACUUUAACCAUGAUGGUUCUGUCACUAAGAAACUUCAGGCAGGGGUGAAUUUGGUGGGAGAUUUGUUAGGGGUGACAUUGGGUCCAAAGGGAAGAAAUGUGAUUUUGCCAAAUAAAUAUGGACCUCCCAAGAUUGUCAAUGAUGGUGAGACUGUUCUUAAAGAGAUUGAGUUGGAGGAUCCUCUAGAGAAUGUUGGAGUAAAGUUGGUGAGACAAGCCGGUGCUAAAACUAAUGAUCUUGCUGGUGAUGGUUCUACAACGUCGAUUGUUCUUGCUCGUGGUCUCAUUGAUGAGGGUGUGAAGGUCAUUGCAGCAGGCAGGAAUCCUAUCCAGAUUUCACGUGGGAUCGAGAAGACAGCAAAGGCCCUUGUUUCCCAGCUUAAGCUAAUAUCUAGGGAGAUUGAAGAUCAUGAAAUUGCAGAUGUGGCUGCUGUUAGUGCAGGAAAUGAUUAUGAAGUUGGCAAUAUGAUUGCUGAAGCUGUUGCAAAAGUAGGGAGGAAAGGAGUUGUGAGAGUUGAGAAAGGAACAUACACAGAAAACAAACUGCAGAUUGUAGAAGGGAUGCAGUUUGAUCGUGGGUACUUGUCUCCUUAUUUUGUCACAGAUCGACGAAAAAUGACUGUAGAGUAUGAUAACUGCAAGGUUCUUUUGGUGGACAAAAAGAUCACUCAUCCGAAGGAGGUGUUCAAAAUGUUAGAAAAUGCAGUUCAGGGAGAUUUUCCAAUUUUGAUUGUUGCAGAGGGCAUAGAGCAGGAAGCUCUGGCGCCAAUAAUCAGGAACAAACUGAAGGGUGCUCUGAAGGCUGUUGCUAUCAAGGCUCCAGCCUUUGGAGAACGUAAAAGUCAUUGCUUGGAUGACAUUGCUAUAUUGACAAGAGGAACUGUGAUCAGAGAUGAUAUAGGCCUCAAACUAGAAAAGGCGGGAAUAGAUGUAUUAGGAACUGCUACUAAAGUGAUCAUAACCAACAAAUCUACUUUAAUUGUUACUGAUGGAAGUACAAGGCAAGCUGUUGAGAAGAGAGUUUCUGAAAUCAAAGCAUAUGCUGAGAAUGUCGAAGAGAACUUUCAACGUAAAAUUCUGCAUGAGAGAAUAGCAAGGUUAUCCGGGGGUAUUGCUAUCAUAGAGGUGGGAGCUCAAACACAGAUUGAGCUGAAGGAUAAACAUCUAAGGAUUGAAGAUGCUUUGAAUGCAGCUAAGGCGGCUAUUGAAGAAGGUGUUGUAGUUGGUGGAGGAUGUUGUCUCUUACGGCUGUCAUUGGAGAUUGAUAAAAUCAAAGAGCAGCUAGAUAAUGAGGAGCAAAAGAUUGGAGCGGACAUCUUCAGACAGGCUUCGGCCUACCCAAUAAAAAAGAUCGCAGAAAAUGCAGGUGUUAAUGGCAGUGUGGUUGUACAAAAGGUUCUUGCUAAUGAUAACUUGAGAUUUGGGUACAAUGCUGCACGUGACUGUUAUCAGGAUCUAAUGGAAGCUGGGAUUAUAGAUCCUACAAAGGUAGUCAGGUGCUGUUUGGAGAACGCUGCAUCUGUUGCAAAAACAUUUCUUACAUCAGAUGCUGUAGCUGUUGACAUUGAGGAAAAACAACCAUUUCCAAGGAGACCUCCAAUGCCACCAAUGCCCAUGUCAGGUGUCGGGCCUCUUGGGAUGUAAUCGAUUUACAUACACAGAUGUGUCUUUAUCAUAUAGCAGCCAAAUUUGAUCUUAUUUUUUUCCAAGUUAGAAAUAGAGAUGAUCCUCAAUCAAAUGGAAUUUCUUCUCUUACAAUCAAGCUUCGGAGUGUAUUUGUAUUACAUGAUCAUCAUGAAGUUAGAUGAUGGGCUUCUGCAGUGCCAGCUGGUGUCAGAGUUGCUCUAAAAGAAUUAAGAUUAAGGGCAGUAGCUAUUGUAUCAUUCAUUCCAAAAUCAAAAUAUUUUGAUGUUUGUACAUACACUGAUCUAUAUGUAAAUCAAUAGCACUGUAGUCUGCAAAGCUUACUACUUAUUCCAAAAUAUAAAGUAAUAAACUGAUAGAGCAUUAGAUUGAUAAUGAAUGCAUGCAUAAAUGCAAUUUUUACAUGUAUUUACCGUCUUAAUUAGAUGAUGCCAAAGAUUAUGGGUUUAUGGCAACAAAUUUAUGCUUUCUUUCUAAUGAUUUUUAUUUAUCGCUGACACAAUGAUGUAUUACUCCCUCAAUCCCUUUUUGUUUGUACCAUGGACCCACUUUAUGUGAGAGUUUUUUUGGAUCAAAUGUUGCAACCAAUAAAAAAAAGAGGGAGUAUGAGAUAUUAUAGGAAGAAUGAUGUCCAUGUUAAAAUAUGUAUUGAAUUAGUUUGCCCCCAUGAAUGAGAAUGCCUCAGCGUAAGGGUCUCAUGAUCUCAUCUAUAUAUGAACGUAGCUGACACAUAGUGAGUGAACCACAAACAUCUUUGUGUGUAAUUCUUCGUUAAUGCUUCUUCCAUCCAUAACAACAUGCCCUUCACUGAUUAUUCUUAAUUGAACCGAUGAUUAUAUAGUCAAUCAAAUCUUGUAUAUAAUUUAAGAGUCGUUUUUGCAACACUUAACCACAUCACUCCAAAACCCCAACUCUCAAUUCUCAUGCAUUUUUUUUUUUUUUUUUUUUUUUGUGUGUGUUUAAUAAAAUAACUGCAUGCUACAACUCCAAAUUAACACUUACCCAUCACUUCCUUUACCCAAAUAAAAAAAAUAAAAUAAAAAAAAAUCUAUACCUUUCACUUACUAUUUCUUUUUUUCUUCCCUAAACAUACCUAUAAGCCGUGCAGUAGCACGGUACAUUCUAGUUUUAGAAAAUUACAAAGAUCAAUCUAAUUAUCAGAAUAAAUGUCAUUCGUGUUUGUAAUUUUAAAAGCAACCCAAAAAGCUGAAACAAACAAUUAUCUUCAAAACUGAAGAUUGAAAAUUUCCUACAA